AUGGCAACUCCGAGGAAGGCUUCGAAUAGGCCGAAGAAACGGACUCUGGUCCGCUGGGACGAAAAUCUGAACGAGCUCCUUCUGUUGACUGUUCAGUCCGUUUGCAAUACAAAGUCGAUCAAGAUUCCUUGGGCUGAGGUCGCUAAUACCAUGGGUCAUAAUGUGACGGAGGGCGCAAUUGUACAGCACCUUGCAAAGCUCCGCAGUCGUCGAGUCUCUGCAGACAAGGCCGUUCCCCCUCCUCUUCGGCGUGGUGCUACUGGUAUGUCCAAGUCUUCUGAAGAAACGCCCACAAAGAGCGUCUCGGACGAGGCACCAAACACUAGAGCCAGCUCAAGUAAGAACAAUGUCUCCGGGUCCCGGGCUAGACCUCGACACCAGGAUACGUCCUCAGAUGAAGAAUGGGUCCAAGGAAGGGCUUCAAGAUCACGAAGGCUGCAGAAAAGAAGAAAGUCGGCAGUCAAAGCUGAGGAGAGCUCUUCAGAGGUCGAAAAGAGUGAAAGUGAUAACGAGGACAAGUGCAGCAGCGUGGGUAGUUCCAAUGAGCUUUUGGUUCCCGGUGCAAAAUUCCUCGAAUACCCCAAUGACGUGGGACAACCACAGCGUAAAGUCGUGACACUCAAGUAUCGUCGUCCUUCCGCUGCUGAGGCUGACAAUGCACCCUCCAAAUCUCUGGACACGGCCAACGACACCACUGGUGUAAAUACAUCCGUUGUCGUAUCUUCCAAACAGCCCUCUGGUGUCUAUUCUUUUGACAAUGAUCCCCAUAUGAUGGAUUAUUUUCCACACGACGUACCUAGUAGUUAUGUGCCUGGGAAUGCCUCCAAUGAGCUACCUGAAUUGCCUUCAGGAGAGAACAUAUCUUCGGGAGAUCUAUGGAACACUGACCUCUGCCCGCCCUUCUCAUCAGGCAUGGUGUAUUCGGGCUACAAUCCCGAUUUCAAUGCGAUCGCUGCAAAUGACCCAUUAGCAUUCUCUCAAGACAUGGCCAGUAGCCUUAGCUAUGAGCCUGGCAGUUAUCCAAACAUGCCCAUCAGUUAUACCAGGUCGGACCGGCCAUUGAACGACUUCGACAUGCUUGAAGACAUGAAGUGA